AUGUGCCGGUUUCUGGUGUACAAGGGCAGCGACGAGAUUCUCCUCUCGAAGCUCGUCCUGGAUCCCGCGCAUUCGAUACUGAAGCAAUCGUUUGACUCGCGUCUCCGGUUGGACACGCGCCGCGGACAGAACAAUGCAGACGGCUUCGGAAUUGGCUUCUACACCGACUCGAAACUGGGCGCUGCGCCGUGCCUCUUCACCUCGACCACGCCGGCCUGGAACUGCGUGAACCUCCAGCGCCUCGCCUCCAAGACCGCUUCGAGACUCAUCUUUGCCCACGUCCGCGCGACCACCGAGGGCUCACUCAGCGAAGACAACUGCCACCCGUUCUGCCAUGGUAGUCUGAUGUGGAUGCACAAUGGCGGUCUGGGCGGUUGGAAACAGAUCAAGAGGAGGCUCGGCGAACGAUUGGCAGACAAGUGGUACUUGAACGUGGUCGGUGGGACCGACAGCGAAUGGGCGUUUGCCUUGUUCCUGGACACGCUCGAGCGAAUGGGCCACGACCCCAGCUCGCAGCCGGAGAAUGGCUUCGGACCGACAGUGCUGAGGAAGGCGAUGUUGAGGACGAUUGACCUAAUCAAUGAGCUCAUCGACAACAUCCCAGAGAGCGUUGUUCACGCCGAGAAUGUCGACACGCGGAGCUUGCUGAACUUCUGCGUCUCGGACGGCCACAGCAUCAUCUGCACUCGCUAUAUUGGCAGUUCGUCGGACGAGGCUGCUAGCCUGUACUAUUCGUCUGGCACGCUUUGGGAAACGAGGGCGCCGACGCCCGAUAGCCGGGACUACCAGAUGGAGAGGAGCGAUAAGGGCGCAGAUGUCGUGUUGGUGGCCAGCGAGCCUCUGACCUUUGAAAGGGAAAACUGGGUAAACGUCCCGACCAACUCGAUCCUCACAAUCCACAACCAAACGGUCAUGGUGCACCCGAUCAAGGACCAAUACUACGACCGCAACCCGCAACACCGCCGAUCCACCGCCUUCGUCCGCACCAAGGGUCUCACCGCCAACGAGAAGGGCGCUUCCAGGGCCGGCACACCGUUCAACCUCUCCAAUGGCAUUGCGUCCCCCCCAACAAGUCUGCCGCACCUCGCCGACCACGCCGAAUCAAGCAAACAGGGGCGCUUCCGCGGCCCAACCAUCCCGACCAUUCCUACCUCGACCCUCCCGCGCACCCACACCCCUCUCUCCCACAUCGAAACCAUCACCUCAGACCCGUCAUCAACUUCAUCCAUCCAGUCGCCAACCAGCGCUUCUGCCGGAGGCAGCGCUACCAGCAACCUCAACACCGACGUUCGAAACCUGACCUCGCCGCCGUUAGUGCGUGGCUCAUCGCAACAGCCGCCAGCGCAGGGCAACAUCAAGAAGAAGCGGGCAUCGCUCAGCGUGGCAGAGGCCGUAAACGGCGGGAUUGGUGUGGGUGGGGGCGGGCUGAUGCAGUACUUUGACACGAGCCCGGUUACACCGGAGCCGGUGCGGACUGAGUUUGGGAACCCGGACAAGAUUGCGAGGAUGUUUCCUGAGUUGGCGUUGCAGUGA